GAAAAUGUGAGGAGUAAAAUCACAAUGUGCAGUUACAUUUUUUUUUAAAUCUAUAUUUUUAAUAACUAUACAAUUGGUUGGGCAAUAGAAACAUGGUUUUCAAACAGCAGCUUGUUUUCAUUUCUCUCUGCCUAACAGGAUGCUGUUACUACAUUUACAGCUAGGGUAACUGAGCUCUGUUUCCUGACUUUCUUUUUUUUCACCAAGAUAAUUAGUGUGUGUGUGUGUGUGUGUGUGGUGUGUGUGUGAGUGUGUGUGUGUGUGUUACGGAGAGAGAGUGAGAGACAGUUCAUGGAAUGCUGUGAUGUCAUCAGCUCAGUCAUACACAAAGGCAAGGAGGAGGACACACAAGCACACUCGCUCGAAUAGUUACUCUGCUGUGGAGCAUCUGCACCCCCACUAGUCUCCCAGUGAUGGCUGCCUGACGAGGGCUGAUGACGAAUGACGUGUGUGUGUCGAGGGAGGAGGAAGUGUCAGCUCAGAGGACGACAGAGGAAGCAGUCUUCAGCUUGUGUGUGUGUGUGUGUGUGUGUGUUUGUGACAGACGAGCCCCGAUCUUCUUCUUCUCCUCAUGAGGCUCGUUUAGAAACCAACUCAUCUUCAGGAAACUGUUGGCUUAAGGAGUCAGGACAGUACCCCUCCACCUCCAGCCCACCACCGCCGCCACCAUGCUGCAGCAGAUCUUAAAGGACAUGUACAUUGACCCAGAUGUGUUGGAGGCCCUAAAUGAGGACCAGAAAAAGACCCUGUUCCUGAAGAUGAGAGAGGAGCAGGUGCGGCGCUGGACAGAACGUGAGGAGAAAGAAGCGGACCAUAGGCCAAAGUCAAAGACAGCCAACAGUAAGAAAGUGAGCUGGUUGCUGGGCAGGGACGGAGAUGUGGCGGUCAUGGCGAUUGGAGAGGUGGACGAGCUGAAGACCUCCAAACUCAUCUGCACUGGGCCUGUGGAAAGAAGAGCACCACCAAGCCUGCACAAUAACACACUCCACCAGACAACUUCCCUGAAGAGCAACCUGGUAAACAGUCCAGCCUCAGAACCUGUCAGAACUCGGAGAGAGGAUCUGCCUCCCAAAACACAGUCAGGGAUACAACUCAAUUUAAAGGAGAACAGUGAGGAAGUGAGGACAUUGCCCCCUCUACAGGGGGCAGUGAGAGAGCAGCAGCCACCUGCAGCAGUGGAAAAACAGGCUGAGUUGGAGCAGGAUGUAGAAGUAGGUGGUCCACAGGAAAACCCAGUCCUCCUGUCCUACAGACCUCACCCCAGAGCUGGCCCUUCCAACCUGAGGCUGGAUAUCCCCAAGACCAUCACACCGUCCUCUGUAGCAAGCUCCACUCCAUCCCCUGUCCCCACUGACACACCGUCUCAUGUCCCCAAGACCAUAACCCCUGUCCCUACCAUCACACCGUUUUCUGUCCUCAAAACCAUCACACCGCCUGCUUUCCCUAGCAUCAUAACACCAUCCCCUGUAACCAACAGUGUCAUACCAUCUCCUGUCCCCAGCAGCAGUAUCACACCGUCUCCUGUCCCCAGCAGCAGUGUCACACCGUCUCCUGUCCCCAGCAGCAGUGUCAUACCAUCUCCUGUCCCCAGCAGCAGUGUCACACCAUCUCCUGUCCCCAGCAGCAGAGUCAUACCGUUUCCUGUCCCCAGCAGUAAUGCCAUCAGAGCUGCUCUAGAAAAGAGCACUGCCAAAUCACACGCUUCAGAGAAGACCGUCACACUGUCCCCUGUCCCUAGUCCCAUCACACUGUCCCCUGUCCCUAGUCCCAUCACACUGUCCCCUGUCCCUAGCCCCAUCACACUGUCCCCUGUCCCUAGUCCCAUCACACUGUCCCCUGUCCCUAGCCCCAUCACACUGUCCUCUGUCCCAAGCAGUGUCAAAACAUCUCCUGUCCCCAGUGUCUCACCCUCCCCUGUCCCCAGUGUCUCACCCUCCCCUGUCCCCAGUACCACUUGGUCCCCUGUCCCCAGUACCACUUGGUCCCCUGUCCCCAGUACCACUCGGUCCCCCCCUGUCCCCAGUACCACUCGGUCCCCCCCUGUCCCCAGUACCACUCGGUCCCCUGUCCCCAGUACCACUCGGUCCCCUGUCCCCAGUACCACUCGGUCCCCUGUCCCCAGUACCACUCGGUCCCCUGUCCCCAGUACCACUCGGUCCCCUGUCCCUAGCAUCUAUACACCAUCCCCUUUCCACAGGACCGUCACUCCAUCCCCUGUGGCUAGCAGCACGGCCAUAAGAGAAGCUCUAAAGAAGAGCACCACCAAAACACAUGCUCCAGAGAAGACCACUGUCACACCGCUGUCCGCUUCAACCAGACUCCACCCCCAGGAUACGCCCAGCAGCAGAGAUAUCCGUGUGAUGGCAGCCUCUCGCAGGACCAUGUCUGAGGAUGUGGUGUCUGAUGGGGGCGGGGACACCUGUACAGGGCGUGGCCGGGUGGCUCAGCUCAUGAAGACCUUCAGUGUGACAUGCCCCACCCCCUCCACACAGACCCCUCUCCCCCACGGCAACAAGCCCUCCAUCCCCACCAAACCCAGCCACCUGCGUCUCGUUGCCAGCCCCUCACUCAGGUAAUCCACAGGACAGGACCAGACAACCAGGCCCACCCCCUGUCCCCCAUUCCCUCCCCACCCAGGCCCCACUGGACAUUGCUGGACAUCCAGCCUGGGGCCUCAGCCACUGGGGACAGGCAUGCAGGCCACAUGAGUCUCUCAGGAACACAACCAAACGUUUGACUCGAUUGCUAUUACUCCAAAAGCAAUGCAAUGGUAUAGAGAUUUUAAAAUGUUUACUUUUGUUUACUUUUUAAAAAUGUUUACCAUGUUUUAUUUUAAAUUGUACAGUACUGUAAAUUCUCUCUGUGGGAAAGGCGAACCAAUAGCGUUGAUCGUAAACAGCAUCUUCCUUUGUAUCCUGCUUUUGCCUUUUUAUAUUCACAAAGGUAUUGGGUGGUUCCACUAAUUAGAUGCCUUUUGAGUAGUGUAACUGAGUUUUAUUUCACCUCAUUUUAACAUUCCGUCAAUGUUCAACUUAAUAAAAAACAUGUUUUCCCGUCUCAAGAGGUAAAAGAAAAUGACUAUAGUAAGGCCCAUUAAGUGCUGAAUAAAGUAACUGGAUUGACGACUUCAUCCUAAAUCAGCCAUAACUCCCCUCGUGACAGAGGGAAUGGAAGCUUUUUGUGUGCAACAGGGACGGGCAAUUGAAUGCAAGCUUCACAAUUUUAUAUUUUUGUUACCGUCCAAUGCAGCUGUUUUUAAUCUCAAUAUCAAAUCAUUUCUGGGUAACAGUGAAGUACCUUAAUGUGAUUUCAAUUGAAAUGGUCAACAAGAAAACAAAAAUAGCUUCUUAGCAAAGAACAAUUUCUCAAGCAAGAAUUUUGCUGCAGGACUGUCUGGGAGUGGUCUGAGUAGGCUGGGGAGAAUGUAAACCUAGCUGCAGAGAGGUUUGGAACUCUCUUUCUUAUUGGUCUAUUAACAAAUUUACCGGUGAUGUCACCAGGCAGGCCAGAACGCCAUUCCACCAAAACAGGCCGACAUUUCAGGUCUUUUUUUUUUCUUCAAACAUUUCUUACACUAAAAUGGCAUUAUCAUCUUUUUCACAGUUUCACAGUAUUAUUCCAACCUCAAAGUGUGGAAAUAUAAAUAACAUCAUGUUUUGGACCAGGCCUCUAAAAUAUGUAUAGCCUGUCUGUCUAUAGGUAACAGGGUUGAUGCUCGACCUGCUCAGUUCUCCACCACAAAACACCAGAAAAUGGCCAAUGACUAUUAGAUGUUCAAUGUUUCUUCAAAAAAGUGUUUUUUAAAUGAAUAGUUUUAGCAUAUUAAAAUGCGAUUUCUGUUCAUGUAACAGACUUGACCUUAAAAUGGACAGUUUUUUUUAACCUUUUUUAAAAUGAAUAACUAAUCACAUGAAAUAAAUAAUCAUCUUUAGAAAUGACUUUAUCAAAGCAACAAAAUAACUAGGGCUUCACAAGGAAGGUGGAAAUGUGGAUACAUCUUGGUUAAGUGGGUUAAAGUCUAGAAGUUACAAUCAAUCAAAGCAAGCAAUGCCGGCGUAGAAGCACAGUGGCUAGAGGGUGCACAGAGAGACGUCAGAAUGCAGAGAGCAAUUUAGCAAGUCUUUAUUCACAUUGGAUUUAUUGAAUUGUCCAUGUGGUCUAUAUUAAAAGGCACUUCAUUUAAUAUAACCGGCUUUUAAAGUUAAUUAUUUGUGCACAAUUCCUUAAAAUAUCCCUUAUUUCAUGGAACAACCCUAUCAUUGACCAUGUCAUACCAUGUAUUCACCUGUUGAUAAAAUGUUUCUGAAAUAUUAUCAUGUACAAAUCCUACUUCAUUGAUACACGUAUCAUAAAAUACAUUCACAAAGCCUGUACAAUGCUAUCAAGGUCAUAACCUGUACUUGUGAUCUCCAAAAGGUAUGACAAAUGUAAACUUGAAUGACAUAGUACAUGCAGUGAUAUGUGUUUCGUCAUUAUGAGGUGUUGGCUACUAUAUAGAGAGAAACUGUGCUAAUGUUGACAGGGCCAAAUAGUUCAUACAUAGCUGUCAUGACUAAGGAGAUGGGUGGAUUACAGUAUGGACAGACUGGUAGAACAGGAUCAGUGAGGUGGUUCCUCCUUGAUCCCUGGGAACAGCACUCUCCGCUCGUUUACUGCCACUUCUCCCAUGACUUUAACCUGGCCAAAGCAGCACGGUGUGUGACUUACCUACCUGAGAUGGAACAAUGACUGUGUCAAAUGCCUCCUCUCUGUGUCCCAGUGGACCAAACCCUGGCAAGCCACACGGGCCAUGCUAAAUAAUACUCAGCUCUGGCAAGCCACACUGUCCAUGCUAACUAAGACUCAGCUCUGGCAAGCCACACGGUCCAUGCUAACUAAUACUCAGCUCUGGCAAGCCACACGGUCCAUGCUAACUAAUACUCAGCCCUGGCAAGCCACACGGUCCAUGCUAACUAAUACUCAGCUCUGGCAAGCCACACGGUCCAUGCUAACUAAUACUCAGCUCUGGCAAGCCACACGGUCCAUGCCAAAUAAUACUCCUCAGCUCUGGCAAGCCACACGGUCCAUGCCAAAUAAUACUCCUCAGCUCUGGCAAGCCACACGGUCCAUGCCAAAUAAUACUCCUCAGCUCUGGCAAGCCACACGGUCCAUGCCAAAUAAUACUCCUCAGCUCUGGCAAGCCACACGGUCCAUGCCAAAUAAUACUCCUCAGAUCUUUGUUAUUAUUCUCUCAGUUUUCUGAUUGGUUGCACUCUUUGUUGUUUUUUACUGUCUUGUGUGAUGAGUGCUGUCCUACAAGGUGUGUGCUGCACUUUGUGUGUGAUCUCAGGCCUGUGUGGCACAAUCACAGUGGAACAAUAAAAAAUCAUUUGACUCA